GUGAUUCCCGAUUGUGAUCUCUACGGCGACAAGGCUCCGUGGGAGAUAUUCCCCCGGGACGCCGGAACAGGAAGAGACAGGUUUUUUGUCUUCACCCGGCUGAAGAGGCUAAGUAAGAAGAGGGUUUCGCGGACAGCCUCGAUUGGAGAAUGGCAUGGCAACACUUCUGGUGCGCCCAUUGUUGAUGGGAAGAAUAAUGUGACUGGGGCUAGGAGACAGUUCGUUUUCAAGUUGAAGAAAGGGAAAGAAGAAGGGAGUGGCUCGGGAGCUCUUGUGGGCCAUUGGAUAAUGCAUGAGUAUUCACUGGCUGGGAUUGAUUCUGAUAUUGUGCUGUGUGAAAUUGAAAACAAGGAGAAGAAAAGGUUGAGAGUUGAUGAUGAAAGGGUGUUGUGUGAGACUGUAAACAAGGGAAGUAAAAGGCUCCGGAUGGAUGAAGAGGGAGCUUUCUUGACUGCCACGAAAGAUGCUGGUGUAUUAUCAUCAUUGUCGGAAAUGGUUAUGGAGUUAGCCAGUGACUUUCCUUGCUCACCCUCUGUUGGACACUCGGCAGAACAGAUACAAAUUCAAUGUGAGGUGCAGGCAGUAGCGAAUGGUGGAUUGAGUUGUGGAGACUCUUGUGAUACUCUUGCUGCAUCAAUGAUGAACUCUGAGGAGGAGACCAUGUCUUCCCUUCAAAGUUCAAUCAACAAUCCCACGGCAUCCUCAUCUUCAUCAUUGAUUCCUGUAGCUUCAGCUUCCGAUUUGGAUGUUUCUCAGCCGCAAGGUGACUUUUCGGGAGAUCUUCAACUUGGAUUUCUUACAAGCUGCGGAACAUCAGAGUUAAUUGGUCUACCAAUGUUCGAGUUCGAUGAUAACUUGUGCAACCUACUCGAGUUCGACACCAGUGUUGAGCUCGACAUGACUGGUUUGUGGUAGGUGUGAGGUCUUGUUUGAUUUCCAUUUUACUAACUGCUAAGUGAUAGCUGCUUGACUGCUUGUCAAGCAUCUUAUAUCACUUAAUGAUUUAAACUAUUAUGUCUGUGUAUAUUUUGUGCGGUAAUGGUUUCUAUUUGAGGCAGAAGCAGGGAGCGGAAGAGAUUGGGAUUCUUUUCCUAACUUCAGGGUGGAAGGUUUGCUGGCAACUUCAACAUUUUGAGAUUUCGUUUGAGUGACCCAUUUCUUCUCUGCAAUUUCAGGAGUCGCAAUUGGUGUUUCUGCAUCUUGCUGAUGCAAUUCCACGAGUUAUGUGCAAGGCAGCCUAGAUUAGGAAAAGCUGACUGCUAAGCUCUAUACUUUGAGGUGCUUAUGAAGAAUAGCAGGAGGAACAAAAACCACACUACCUUGCUCAGCUUGGCAGAAAGGAUAACCAAAAUAAGGGAUUUGAAUGAACCAUGAUGAGUUUGGAGUGUUCUUGAUUGAGGCCCUGCUGCUUCAUAUUAUAACUCUGUUGCUUGUCAUUGAAUUCAUUUGUUAUAAUAUAUGCAAUUUGGCUAUUGCUUGAUAGCCACUUGCAUUAUUGCUGCUUUCUCUCUUUUAUUUAUGGACCGAAUUCUUCAUCUAACUUCUAUUUUUUAACCUAAUCAUGCAGGGACUAAUGUAUUGGGCUGUUCCCUUGGAGAGUGGUAUAGUUUCAGUUAUUCUUCGCCUCAGCAAAUUGGGAAGGCUGGUCAGGUAUGCUCUAGUCAGUGAGUUACGGCGAGAAGGUGGAGGCGACUCUCUGUCUCAGUUAGAGUUGAAGCUACAACAAGUAGUGAAGGCCCAGCUCGAGAGUUUUCCAGUGGGGGCAGCAGAAGCUGUAUUUUGAUUAGCCUGAAACGAUAGUUGUAAUUGUGUGGUAGUAUCAGGGUUAGUAACAGAACCUCUGUAUACUGGUAAGCACAGUGGAUUAGUUAUUGUAGCUGCAAUUGGCUGCUCUUUGUUCUCAGCAUCCUGCUGGGUUUUGUUGUUUGUAUAACAGAAUUACAUUUUAGUGUCAAGGAAAAGCAAACUCUCUUCUCUUUAUGU